CGGCGGAGCGCAGCAUCAUGGCGGACCGAGACAGCGGCAGCGAGCAGGGUGGUGCGGCGCUGGGCUCGGGCGGCUCCCUAGGGCACCCGGGCUCGGGCUCAGGCUCCGGCGGGGGCGGUGGUGGCGGCGGGGGCGGCGGCGGCAGUGGCGGCGGCGGGGCCCCGGGGGGGCUGCAGCACGAGACGCAGGAGCUGGCCUCCAAGCGGGUGGACAUCCAGAACAAGCGUUUCUACCUGGACGUGAAACAGAACGCUAAGGGCCGUUUCCUCAAGAUCGCUGAGGUGGGCGCUGGCGGCAACAAGAGCCGCCUCACCCUCUCCAUGUCUGUGGCAGUGGAGUUCCGCGACUACCUGGGCGACUUCAUCGAGCACUACGCGCAGCUGGGCCCCAGCCAGCCGCCCGACCUGGCCCAGGCACAGGACGAGCCACGCCGGGCGCUCAAGAGCGAGUUCCUGGUGCGCGAAAACCGCAAGUACUACAUGGAUCUCAAGGAGAACCAGCGCGGCCGCUUCCUGCGCAUCCGCCAGACAGUCAACCGGGGGCCCGGCCUGGGCUCCACGCAGGGCCAGACCAUUGCGCUGCCCGCACAGGGGCUCAUCGAGUUCCGUGACGCUCUGGCCAAGCUCAUCGACGACUAUGGAGUGGAGGAGGAGCCGGCCGAGCUGCCCGAGGGCACCUCCUUGACUGUGGACAACAAGCGCUUCUUCUUCGAUGUGGGCUCCAACAAGUACGGCGUGUUUAUGCGAGUCAGUGAGGUGAAGCCCACCUACCGCAACUCCAUCACCGUGCCCUACAAGGUGUGGGCCAAGUUCGGACACACCUUCUGCAAGUACUCGGAGGAGAUGAAGAAGAUUCAAGAGAAGCAGAGGGAGAAGCGGGCCGCUUGUGAGCAGCUCCACCAGCAACAGCAGCAGCAGCAGGAGGAGACCACCGCUGCCACCCUGCUACUGCAGGGUGAGGAAGAAGGGGAAGAAGAUUGAUCAAACUGAAUGAAACACACACACACACACACACACGCACGCAUACACGUACGUGUACACACACACACACACAGCCACACACAGAGAGAAAAUAUACUGUAAAGAGAGAAAAUAAAAAGUUAAAAAGUUUAAAAAAAAACUUAAACUCCAAGGGAGCACCACCCACAGAACCUCCACCAACUGACAGUUUCUCUUCUUGACUUGCCACCCAUCGCUGGAUGUUGUCCACUUUAUCCACCAUGUAAAACAGUAAGCAGCUGCUAAAAACAAAAAACAAAAAAAUAUACAAAAAGUAAUAACAUUAUAUGAACUGUGUUUCCUACUUGAUUAAAAAAUAUAAAGAACUGAGUGUUUAUUUCCCUAAUUAACCAAGAACUUUUGUACACGUUUAAGCUAUUAUUAUUAAAAGUGUUUGCAAAAUGGUCAAGAUUAUAAUAUUGCUGAAUUAUAUAAAAAGUCCUUUUCAUGUUGAGCUAACAUUUGACUUUAGCACAAAAAAGAGAUAUUUUAGAACACGUAAAAUAAUAUUUUUAGUUUUUCUCAUUUUGUUACCAAAUUUCAAACCUUACAUGGAGGUUAUUAUAGUAUAUUUGACAUCCUAUAUACCUGUGAUUAGAGAUGUGUAUAUAUAUGAGGGCUAGGCAUGCUGUGUGUCUGAGCUUUGUCUAAAUGUUAUGCAGAAGUUUGUAGAGUUCAAGGUACGUAGGUUUAAUUCAUGCAAGGUAAACAAUAAGUGCUCUCUUUUAUACAAUAUGCAUUGCAUCUGGACCUUAAACAUAUAAAAAUGGUCAGUGAAACUUCUGUGAACAUGAAGAAAUUAUUAAAAAAGGCAUUUAAAUGAAAUUUGCUAAGUUGUGAUUUUUAUGGUUGGAACCAAAGUUAUUCAAAUAGUAAAAGAAAAAGAGAAAGAAAAAGGAAAUUUCCCAUAAUAUUUUUCUGCAUCUGUUUGCUUUGACUGAGUAGGUGUUUUGUUAUUAUUGUGUAUAUGAGAUGUACUUGUAUUGUUCAUAAUAUAUAUUUUUUAUUAUGUGUAGAAAGAUUUUAAAAACCUAACUAACGUGCAGCAAUUUCCAGUGAACCUGUACUUGGAUAUCAGGUAGUGAGUCUAUUUGUGGUCACUAGCACUGUCUCCUAAACUUGUAAGAGGUCUGAAGCUAUCCUUUGAUUUUUUUUGCCAGUGCUAUUAACUUAUGUAGACCUGUUUAAAAGCAAAGCAACACCAUUAUAGUUAUCCUACUGAGCCAUGGAUUCUGAGUUUCCUUUAAAAGUGAAAGCCAAGUUGGUGUAUGUAAAGGAUUUCCAUGUAGCUGUGGUGCUAGUUAUUACUGGCUACAUUAUAUGUAAGUGUUUUGUGUUCCCCAAGUGUACAAGCCUUCUGUCAAAAGUAUGUUCUAUUAUCACUCAUAUUCAAAGUUUAGGGUAUGAAAAUGCAAGCUUAGGAGAGCACUUUACCAAGCUGGUGUCCUCCACUGAAAUUGUUUGUAACGAUAGUCUUUUACAGGUUUUCAUUUGAAGAUGUUUGUGUGCUUUUAAUUGACAACUAACUUCUUGCUGCUGUAUAGUAAAAUAUUAAUAUAUUUUUUAUCAUUAAACUGCUGCAUGACUAUCAUCUUUGAGUGAAGAGAAAAAUGUUAUAAAAAGAUGCCUUAAAUACAGUACAUUUUGGUUUGGAAUUCUGUAGAAAGUAUUUUGGUAAAAAAAGAAAAAAGAAAAAAAGAGGAUCUUGGAUCUUGUCUUGACAGAGAGAGUUCUGGACAUGCAAUUGUUUCUUGGCAAAUCCAGCCAUCUAGAUCUACCUGCUGUAUGUAGAAGAAACCACCGGUAGGACUGGGAAAGGUCAGUACCUUUCCCAUUGGAAAGCAUCCGCCUAGGAAGGCAGAACAGUUGUCUUUUUUGAAGGAUUUUUUUUUUCCUGCUGGCUCUUUAGGUUUUGAUUUGAUAUUUUUAAGCUUUCUGGUUGUACGUGUUGAAUAACAAGCUAUUUUCAUUGUACUGUGCAUUUUCCACUGUUUGCUUUUCAUAUUCAUACAAUGUUAACUAUGAGGUGACCGUACAAUAGUUAGGGGUUUCUUUACUUACAAAAUCACUGGAAAUUAUUAAAUUGCUUUCCCCUCCCCCCAAGGUGCAUUUUUUUUAUUAUUUUCAUAUAGUAAAGUUGAGCUUUUACAGUGCAUAAUGUGACAUUUGGAAUGCUUAUCAACUGCAUGUAAACAUUAAUAACCUGCACUUUUGUCUUAAGGUUUGUUGAGCUGUUUUGUUCACUGUACUUUAACUGUGAUAUGGAAAAGAUUGCAUUCUCUGUGCUGUUUCUAAUUAGGAAAGAGAAUUGCUUUGAUUUUGUCUCUUGUUUACUAUAGCUUCUUAAAGUUAAGCCUUGUGCUACGAGUUGUUGGAGUACUCCUAGAUCAGUGUUUCUUAGUAGCCAGCAGUCAGUAGUGCAAGUCAACAAAAACACAGCAAACUUAGGCAAAGUGUCCUUUCUUUGAGAUGCAAGUUCUUUCAUUAGGUUUUCUUUAGGGUCAACUGCCUAAAGUGAAACCUUUCUUACCUAUAGACUUCAGAUUCUGCUUGGAAUCCUACUGGAUCAAGAAGCACAUGUACUGUGCUGUUGUCUUUACACUAUAACAGUUAAACACAAUCUUACUAGGACUUUGAAUCCAUUGUCUGAUUUAUGGUCAGUGGGUUUAAAAAGAAAUCCACACGCAGAUCUUUUAAGACUUAAAAAGUGGUCAUAUAGAGAAGACUGAGUGACUGUAAAGAUGCUCUUUUUGUUCAAAGCAUCUCACUUUCUCCCCAUCAACCUCCUCACCUCCCUUCCCCUUUUCCUUUUUCAUCCUCCCCUACAUUUAUUUCUCUCCCAGGUGCUCGGUACUUUACCAAGGUUCUAUAUUUCAGUGUGUUAUGUUAGAGUCUCUUCAUGUUUUUAGUUUUACUAGUGGGUAGUCCCAGUUUGUGCUGAAAAAAGAAGGGUAUAUUUGACCAUAUGUGUUAUUCAUAGAAGACAGUAUGAUCAAAUGUGCCAAAAACAAGCAAACAGAACUUAAUUCAUGACAAGUAUGCCUUAUUUUUAUUGAUCUGCUUUGUCUUACAAUUAAGGUCCAAGAGCUUGGUUAAACUAUGUUAUUUGCCUAAGUAAAAAAAGAAAACUUGAAAUG